AUUUUUGUGGCGACCGAGGUCCGCGGCUGGUGAAGGAUAUCCAGGCGAAGCGGGUUGACAGGCGGCGACCGGGCCCGGGGGCCCAAGGGGUGGGGGAUGGGGCCGGGGCCGAGCCGCUCGCUCCGGCCUCCGCCGCCGCCGCUGCUCGCGUUUUUUUUCCCUCCGACACUUAAAGGCGCACUUUGCGCAGGGGGUGGGAGGAGAAGGAGAUUUGCAAAAUAUAAUUAAUCUCAUGCAUCCUGAUCGGGAAUAUUUUCAUGCUGGAUCUGCAUUGCAAAUUGUUGCAUAUGUUGCAUUGCAAAGUGUUGAGAACGUUUUUACAUUUUCUGGGGUUUUUUUUUGAAAAAAGAAUAGAAAAAUGGAAAAUGUUUCGUUUUUUCGUUUCCCCGCUGCUUUUGCAGUUUUGCACUGGCAAUGUCAAGAUGCCCAUCAAUGGGCGAGCAACGGUUGGCAGUAAAAUCCGCAGGUUGCUGCCCUGCCUGCUCCCUCUGUCUCACCUGAUUGUCAUUGGAGGGAGGGUGGUGGGUUUGGAGGCUGGGGGUUCAUGUGCCUCCAGAUAGGGUUCUGUAGCAACGCUUGACCAUUGCCCCUCCGUCUCGACCGCUGUUGGUCGUGACGUGUCCGCGCUCAGAGGCAUGAAGAGGGUUAACUGUGUGGCAUAAAUGGGGCCUCUGAGAAACUACAGACCAGCAGGACACUAUGGCUGCCACUACCACCAUUAGUCCCUGUGAAUAUCUCCAACCAGCAGCAUCAACGAUGAUUGAGGAUUCACAGCCGUCUCCUCUGGCCCUCCUGGCAGCAACAUGCAGCAAGAUUGGACCCCCGGCUGUGGAAUCCAGCUCCACCCCCUCUCCAGUGGCAGUACAGAUGGUCACGAAGAAGCUGCCGCUGUUGAAGCCAGCUCCAGCACCUAAUGGGCAAAAUGGUGGCAAUUUCAGCUUUGUUGGAGCAAAUGGAAAGGUCUUUCAAAUCCAGGGGUCACAGGUCACUGGUCCAGCCGUUAGCCCCUCCAUCUCUGGACAAUUAGUGCUGGCAAUUCAGAGCCAAGCAACGGUCAACAAAGGCUCACGGCAGAACGUUCAGUAUCAGUUAAUCCCCCAGGUCCAGACCCUGGGUGGGCAGUCCCUUCAGAUCGCCAAUGUUCAGCAAAACAUGACGGGUCAGAUCCAGCUCAUUCCAGGCACCAACCAGGCUUUUGUAACCACUGCAGUGGCAGCCAAUACACAGAAGGUCUCUCCUCAGGCAAUGCAUGUGAAACCUGCUUUAUCUCUCCCUGCCCAAGUGCAGAAGGUUGGCACCACGACUGUACAAGGCCAGAGCAACAUCAUCAAGCUGGCAAGUGGUGGAAAUGUCGCACUGUCUGUGCCAAUUAGUAAUUUGGUUGGCGCCGGUGAUGGAACGGCCAUACAGUUGGCCGGUGAUGCUGCGUGUGGAGGAGGUGGCUCGGCGAAGCUCAGCAAAAGGUCGAGGAGGAAAUCAACAAAUCCUGCAGCGGUGGCGGAAACAGUCACGCUCGUGGAAGCUUCAUCGGGAAACGUCAUCCAGCCAGGCACCAAUGUACUCUUGGUGCAGAGUCCUUGCUCCAACGUUCUGCAGCAAGUACAGGUGGUACAGCAGAAACAGGAACAGGCGGCCCAGACCAUCCCUCAGCAGGCUAUCCGUGUUGUGCAGGCAGCCUCCAUGAGUGGCCACAACCUUCCCACCGUCCCCCAGAAAUCCCCACAGAACCUGCAGAUUCAGACCAGUGAGCACAGCUCCCCGCCACUUAUCAUCAGGAGUCAACCUGUCUCCUCCUCGGGACAGGUUAACUGGCAGGCUGUGCAGGUGAAGAAUUCCACAGCACUUCAGCAAGGCUCCAGUCCCUCUGGUGGCUUUGCCCGGAUUGCCCCAGCCGCAGGUGGGAAGAGAUCCUCUGCGGGCUCUUUGAUCCGGAAGGGGACUGCCUUGCCGAGAAUUGCACCGGCAGGGGGUGCCAUUAACCUGAACACUGCGCAGUUUGCCACUGGCCAGGCAAUUCAGACCAUUAGCAUCAACGGCUUGCAAGUGCCGGGAGUGCCCGUCACUGUCACCAAUGCUGCAGGACAGCAACAGUUAAAUGUGCAGGCAGGGGUCAUGUCCCCAGUUUCGGCCAACAAUAUCACUAUCACUGGACUGAGUUCGAGCCAGCUUAGCCAGCUGCACAUGGAACCAGCCUUACCAGCUGAUGAGAUUGCAGAGCAGCAGGUACAACAAAACAAGAAGAUGAAAAGGAUGGCCUGCACAUGUCCAAAUUGCAAAGAUGGCGAGAAAAGGAGUGGAGAGUUAGGGAAGAAGAAGCAUGUUUGCCACAUUCAAGGUUGUGAGAAGGUAUUCCGGAAAACGUCCUUGCUACGAGCCCAUGUUCGCUUGCACACAGGGGAGCGCCCGUUUGUCUGUAGUUGGGUCUAUUGUGGGAAGAGGUUCACUCGCAGUGAUGAGCUACAGAGGCACUCCAGAACUCACACAGGUGACAAACGCUUCGAGUGUGGACAGUGCCACAAGCGUUUCAUGAGGAGUGACCACCUGACCAAACACUACAAAACACACUUGAACACAAAGAACUUGGUGUAAAGACUGCGGGGCACUUGGGAGAUAUCGGUCUCCCUAGCGACACAAGUCGAACAUUUUCUUCUUUGUUUUCACAUUUUUAACGAAAAGAAAUUAACAAAAAAUGUUUUCCUGGAGGGAGGGAGGAGUCAUGUUUGGUUUAUACACUGCCUUCCCCUCCUGAUGCAUUAGGACACGUCGUUACUGUGGUAACCCAUUUACCAGCGAUAUGGCACAGUGUGAAGAACGCAGUGGAUUGGGGUUGGGUUGGAGGCUGCUAGAGCAAGAGGAAAACAAUGUGAAGAGAUUAAGCAAUCCUCAUCCCAUCCUGGGUUGUUCUGUCCAUUCCUCCUUGUGUAACACAGGUGUAGCUUUGCCGAUGUCUUGUUUUCUAAUAAUAUGUUGCCUUAGAUUUUGUCACAUAUGAUAAUGAGAGCAUUGUACUGUGAUUGAAUGGGGGCUUUUCAAUUAGUCAGUUUGCUAUUACUUUCAUUUUAAAAAACAAUGUGUUUUUUUUCCUAGUGCGAUUCUGACACAGGAUCAUGAGAUGAUUUAUGUCCAGAUUAAUGUCAUCAUUGGACAAUAGUAGAAGGAAAAAGAAGAUAAUUCUUUUUAAAAAAGUUUUUAAAUGAAAGGUUGUAGUAUUUGCAAUGUUUAUUAGAUCAAUAAGUAUAGUGUUUACAGUUGCUUCAAAGAAAUAUUGGUUAUAUUUUUGAGCUUUGACUGGAAGGAAAUCUGACUUUAUUUUAGUAUAUAAUUUUUGGAUGGUAUAAGAUGACUGAUAAUAAAUUUCUUAAUUGGCGCUAAAUGCAGUGGGGAUAGGAGAAUACAAUCAAUGCCCAUUUUCUUCUUUAGAACAGCCCGACACUCUACUUCUGCCCAUUACAGUGUCUGGGUUAAAAUCCCAGUCAAUGUGUCCUGUUCUGGUUUCUCCCAUACUGUGAGGAUCAUGGAUCAAAACAAGAUGGGAAGAUUUCCUGUGUAUCAUGGGCUCCCAGCAAACGUCCCAUGGGAAAUCUUUCCCAGUUAACAUGUAGUACAUCAAAAGAAUUAAAUACAGAACAGAAUGGCUCCAUGUUCCUAAAUGUGGAAGAGUUGGAGGAGGAGUGUUUGCCCAGUUUUCUCCCCUUCGCUUUUCAAAGGUGGCAAAUCUCUUGUGGUGUAUCCUUCUGUAGUUUCCAGCUGUCCCUCUGGGCAUCAUCCAACUAUUCAUUCUUUAUAUUCAAGGGAGUAACGGAACCAAGGCAAAUAUUGUGCACAUCCAGCAUUCACACACACCAGUUUAUGUUCCAUUUAGGACUAUGGGGCAGUUCAUUUGAUUACAGAUGCCCAUUUAAGGGACAGUCUCAUCCUGGUUAGUGGCUGCCAGCCAGUUAAACCAUUUCAUGAAGCUAUUUGGAAGUGAUGUCAGACCACUUUCUGCAACAUUGCAAGGAAGUUUCUACUGUGGAAUGUGCACUAUUUCCUGACCGUGAUGUCAUUUCCUGUGUUUUUUUUAAAAAAGCUAAAAUAAAAUGAAUUGUUUGUGCUUUGGUUUAUGUAGAAAGAGAAGCAUGAAGUCAUUUGUUUCUGUAUUGUUUUCUCAAAUUUAAUGUCAUUUAUCAAGUAUGGUGACCUGAAUUUGAGUGAAUUGGUUUCAGUUCUUAUUUCCUCAGUUUAUUGCUUGGUAUUAUUUGUGUUUUAUUUUUCCACUAGUUUUGAUCUUCUUACUUAAGAAAGGAUAUAGUUGCCUUAGAGAGAGUCUAGUGAAGGUUAACGAGACUGUUUCUUGGGCUGAGGGGAUUUUCCUGUGGUUAGUGUUUGAGUAGACUAAUCUUGGAGAUUAAAAGAAUGAGAAGUGAUGUCCUUGAAAUGUAUGAAAUUCUUAAGGAAUUAUACAGGGUUAAUGCCAAGAGGAUGUUUGCUGGGGAAUUGAGAACUUCAAGUCACAAUCAGUAUAGGAGGUUGGCUUAGGACUGAGAUGAGAAAUUCUUUGCUCAAAGGAUUUGUCAAUCCAUUUAAUUCUCCAUCCCAGAGGAUUAUCGAUGCUCAGUUAUGAAUUGAGUAUAUAUUCAAGACAGAGAAUUUUGGGUACCAAAAAAUUAGGGUAUGUUGGGAUACUGCAGGAAAUCAGAUCAGAAUAGGUCAGCCACAAACUUAGCAAAUCAUUAGAGUCAGCUCAAAGUGUUAGAUGCUCUGCUGCCUGUAGUAUGUUUCCAUAUCACUCUAUAGAAUCAUCGUAUAAUAGUAAAAGUAGGCCAUUCAUCCUAUGGGAUCGAUGCCUGCUCUUUAAAAGCUCUGUCCAUUUAAACCCAUUCCCUGCUCUUUCCCCAUGGCUGUGCAAAAUGUGCCCUUUCAAAUAUUUAUCCACCCUUUUGAAAGCUACCGUUGAAUCUGCUUUCCAGAUCAUCGUAACUCACUGUGGAAUGGAAUGUCUCCCCAUGUUGUUUCUGGGGUCUUCUGCUAAUCUGUUUCCUCUGGUUAACAAACCUUUUUCCAUAAGUGGCAAUGUCUACUUAUUUAACACCUCCAUCAUUUCUGCUGUAAGGAGAGCAAACUCAGCUUUUCCACUCUCUCCGCAUAACUGUGGUCCCUCAUUCUAAUAAAUCUCCUCUACCCUCUCUACCCUUUGGGUCUGCUUGCACACUGCAUGUAAUUAGAGCAUUCAACUUACGUUGAGAACAAAAUAAACAUUUCUAAUUCCCCUUCCAACAACUCAACUACUGUUUUUGUACCUAUUCUGCUUGAACACUGGAGCAAGGAGGGAUUACUGUUGAACCUGUUUCUUAUUGCUUGAUACAGUUACUAACAAAUGUUUCAAUCUGUACUGUAGGGUAAUCCUUGAGUGUUAGAAAGUCCAGAAUUUUAAAAGUUGACGUAAAACACAGCUAAUUCUAUAUUUAUUUUUAAAUUAGUCUUGUUUAACAGUACAGAUAUGUUUGAUCGUUAUAUUCCACAGAUGUAAACAAUUGUUGACUUGUGGAGGUUAAGAGAAGUUUUAACCCUGCAAACUGAGCUCUUUGACAGUUCAGAUUUGCUUCUGAACCACUCCAACCAGAUUUGAUUCCUGGUGUAUAACAUAGUUAUGUCGGCUGUUGAGACUCUCCAGUUGGCCACAAUACAGCCAUAUCGGCCUGAGGAACAGGUAGGAGAGAGGAUUAAAAAAAAAUGGGCCAGGGCCCCUGUUCUUGAUCACUGCAGCUUUGCUGAGUACAGCUUCGGACUCAGAUAUGACACUUUCUGCCAACCCUCAGCACUCAUUGACUGGGUCACAGCUGGGGAUCCACCAAGUGAAUGAGGUACCAGUGAGUCUCCAAGUUGUGAUGGGGAGAGGAAAAGAAUUUGGGGCCAGGAGCAUGGGAGAGGUUUAACUUCACACGGGGUUGAACUGAGUUGUUUAAUAAAAGGUCUCACAGUAAUUUACAGGUACGUGAAGAUCAGUUGCAAAACUAUUGAUAAGCAGUGAUGUAAAUUAUUUGACAGGAAAAGCAGUGAUUUUUAUUCAGAUAAGAUUAUUUGAUCAAAUGGUAGGUUUCCCUGCUAACCAUUGUUGAAAAUUAGGAAUAAUUGUUUCACAUUUACUGAAUUACCAGCCAUAGUCUGUUUAAUGUGCCAAUCACUGGUUUAAGUUGAUUGAGUUGAGAACUUCCCUAAUUCUUGCUGUCAAGUUACUGCAUUCCCCUUACAUUUUUCUGAUAAGGCAAGCAGAGCCAUCACCCAGAGGAGAGUCUGUGUCCAGUAUUUGAUUCUGUCUGGCAGCCUGUAUAGUAAAGGAGUAGAACUGAGGCUCAAUGGCAAUUUUCGGUGCAAUGGGUACCAUAUUCUGUCUGGUACGCUCGCUGCUGCAACAGUGUAUUGCUGUUUGUUUUUAAAAGUGCUGUUUUAGCAAAUAGCCUUCGUAUGAUGAAAACUGCUUGGAUUUAUGAGGUGUUGUAAAUGUUCUUUGGUAUAUUAUAUAACAAAAUAAACAAUGGCAGCCCAGGCUGACACUGGUCUUUAAUCUACUGAUCAUUGGAGUAGAGGAGUAUUAAUCUCCUUCUGCCCAACUGCACCAUUAGGUCGCAAAACACAAGGAGCCAACCAGUCCCCUAACCUCAGAGUAAAGUAAGAUAAAUUUGCAACACAAGAACAGGUCGUUUUGCCCAUCUAGCCAUGUUGAGAUUAUGCUCCAGACCUCCCACUUUACUCAACCUUACCCUGGCAAACAGUCCUAUGGGAGAUAAUGGCACCAUGGUAAUGUCAAAGAAUUGGUAAUCCAGAGGCCCAGAGUAAAGCCUUGUAGGCGUAGGUUCAAAUGUGAUCACAGGAGCUGGUGGAAUUUAGAUUCAAUGAAUAAAUGUGGAUUUGAAAGCUGGUGUCACGGUGAACAUGAUAACUAUGAUCAAUUGUUGUAAAAUAAAACUCAUCUACUCGUCUGGUUCUUUAAUGUCCUUUAGGGAAGGAUAUCUGCUGUCCUUAUUUGGUCUAGCUUACAUGUGACUCCCGACCCACACAAUGCCGACUGUUAACUGCUCUCUGAAAUGACUAUGCCAUCCAAUCAGUUGUAGGGCAAUUAGGGACAACAAAUUCUGGGCCAUACCAGCAACACUUACAUCUGUAAAAAUGUUUGUAAAAGUAUAAACAACCUUUCUAGCCCAUUCUCCCUCAUGUUCUUUUUUUCAGUUUGCCCCCAAAUGGUACUGUAAUUACAUUGACCUCGUUGAUACCAUUGUGUGGUGGACUGGGACUGCCUGCACAUUCUGUGUCGUCUCAAUGACUGAAGCAGUGAAACUUGCAGUUUAUCUCUGCUGCACCUGAUGACAUGGCUGCCACAAAUAUAUUCUUCAUCUCUCAUUGUGGUGGCAUAAUAAGACCAUAAGGUGUAUGAGCAGAAGUGGCCUAUUCAACCCAUUGAAUGUGCUAUGUCAUUCAAUGAAAUCAUGUCUGAUGCAAUAAUCCUCUUCUCCAUGAACCUUGAUUCCAUGAUUAAAAGUCUCUAUUUCAGCUUUUAAUAUACUUAACCCCAGCUUCUACAGCCUUUUGUAGUAAAUAAUUCCAAAGAUUCACUGUGAAAUUUCUUCAUAUCUCUGACCUAACUAGGUGAUCCCUUACUCUGAGAUUAUGUACUGUGGUGGUAGACUCUCCCACGAGGGGAAACAACCCCAACAUCUACCCUGUCAAACCUCUUAACCUUCCUGCAUGUAUCAAUAAGAUUGCCUCUCACUUUUCUAAACUCCAGUGAAUACAGACUCAAUCUACUCAGGCUCUCAUAAGAAAAUCCCUCCAUAUCUGGGACCAACCUAGUGGACCUUCCGUGAUCAGCCUCCAAUGCAACUAUAGACUUCCUUAGAAUCAAAACUGUUUACAGUAUUCUAGGUCUGGUCUAACAAGUACCCUGUAUUGUUUUAGCCUCACUUCUCUAUUUUUAUUCUUGAUUCUGUUUGAAAUAGAGGUUAACAGUCCAAUUGCCUUCCCUAUUACCUGCUGAACCUACAUGCUAGUUUUUUUGUGUUUUAUGCAUGAGAACUGCCAAUACCUCUGUGCUGCAGCUUUGUUUUGUCUUCCUCCAUUUAAUUAAUAUCUCUUCUUCCUGCCAACAUUCACGACUUCACACUUUAUAUUAUAUUCUAUCUGCCAAGUUUUUGUUCACCAUCUGUACACUUUUGGUGUCAUCUGAAAGUUGACUCUGGCACUUUCCUCAUUCAAAUUAUUAAUAAAUAAUUGCAGUCCCAGCACUGAUCCCUAUGGCACUCCACUAGUUACAGGUUACCAUUCAGAAAAUGCCCCCCACACUUAUUCCAACUCUGCCUUCUGUUACUGAAAACAAUAAUGCUGGAGAUCACAGCAUGUCAUGCACUGGAGAGAGAUCAAGCUAAUGUUUUGAAUCUAGAAGGCUAUUCACCAGAGCUGAAGUCUUCUAUUAGUUAGCUAAUCCUCUUUCCAUGCUACUUUACCAUCCCAAACACCAUGGGCUCUUAUUAAGCAUCCUCAUGUGUGGUACCUUUUGUAGUUAAGAUAAUCAGUUUGCUGAGACCUCCUUGGAGUCAUACUGCAAUCCUACGCUGGAGACAUACUCACGAGGCACAAUGGUACUGACUCGGAUAUGCAUUAGCAAUUUGGGCUAGCAAAGAAGCUUGGCUGGUUAUUUUCACACAUUUUGGAAGUGAGAUCCAUUAUUACGUCCCUGUCCACUGUAGGAGUUCGCAAGGAGUCAUCCAGUGUCGGUGCUGCUGAAAGCGUGCUGUCCCAGUGCAUAAUGCCCUGGUAUGGCAAACGCUCUGCCCAGGACUGCAAGAAACUACAGAAGGUUCUGUGCACAGCCCAGACCAUCACAGAAGCCAACCUUCCACCCAUGGACUCUAUUUACACGGCUCGCUGCUGGGGAAAGGCUGCCAGCAUCAUCAAAGGCCCAUCGCACCCUGGUAAUGACCUCCUACAACCUCUUCCGUUAGGCAGAAGAUACAGAAUCCUAAACACACGCACCAGCAGGUUCAGGAACAGCUUCUUCCCAGCUGUUAUCAGACUGUUGAAUGGACUGUAGCCUCAAUUAAUGUAACCUGUAUGUCUCAUAAGUUUUUUUGAUCUGUACGUCCUUUGUUUGCUGUGAUCUGCCUGUACUGCUCGUAAAUUUAGCCUUUCACUGUAUUUGGGUACACACAACAAUAAAAUCAAAAUCACUGUUAGAAAUUACUGUCCCAUCUGAGGUCUUACUUACACAGCUCAUAUAAGAGAUUUAGGCC